UCGUUGUGUUGUUUACAAUCAAUGAAAUUGGGAGACUGUAUUUACUCAAAAGAAAAGUGUAAGGUGGGGAUGCGCUGAAUGAGCUACCAGCUGUUUUUUAUCACAGACGAUCUCAUCUUAUUUAGUCUUCUUACACCAAGAAAUUGAAAAAAAGGAAAAACACGUAUAAUCUCUAAUUAGAACACAAACAUACUAAUCCAGCAGCUACUUCAAUCGAUUUGCGAAUCCAUACAUUGGAUGGGAAUUUGUACACAGAUUAUUUCUGGAUUAAUCUUUGCCUGACAGAAUCCUAAUUUUUACCCAGACGGUGAAGUUGGAUGAAGAGUUUCCCAAUUGAUGUGAACUUGGACCUGAAAACCCUAAUACAUCACUUUUGAUUUUGACCACGCAAUCAAGUCAAAGACAAAACCCUCUGUUGCUGCUCUGCUGCUACCCCUUUUGACCACGCAAUCAAGUCAAAGGUAAAACUCACUGCUGCUACACCUAAGAUUCGGUUACAGUGAUCUCCAGAUCUGAAUCAAACUCCUUGAAUUGUACAGAUCUUGUCGAUUUGGGCUUUCGGACUAACAAUUCUUAGGUUUUUAAUAACCCUUGAGAAGGAUAUCUGACUUUUAGUUCUUAGAUCCUCUUCACAGAACUGAACAGAAAGGCUCCGAGGUGAUUUAGAAAGAUAUAUUGCGCUGGUGAUGCUUUACAUAAAGGGAACUAGGUUAGAUUUGGUGAUAGGGGUUUUUAAGGAAGAUUUUGGUGAAAAAAUGAUUCAAAGGAAUUUGUAGAACUAUUGGAAGCCAGAGAGAGAGAGAGAUUGAAGUAGUAGUAGGCAUCAGUCACCUUUGGCUUAGCAAAGAUGCAUGCGAGGCAUCGUAGUCCAGCAACUGCAUAUAACAGGUCUAGUUCUGCCGGUAUGGGUGGUAUGGGAGCAGCCUUACCGAUUUCACCUGAUGGUCCAAUGACGAGUCGUGGAAUGUAUAAUUCUGAUUAUAAAAACUACAACAAUAUUAGUAAUAGUAAACGCAGUGGUUUUGGGCGUAGCCAAGUGAGGCAGUUUGAACCGAGGCAGCCUUCAGUAGAGAAAAGUUAUAUUUUCAUGGAAGCUGGUCGAAUGGCAGCAGAGUAUUUGGUGAGAAAGGGAUUGAUGCCACUGAGUGCCCUUUCAGGGAAGUUGCCGAACGGUAGCUUGAAGAACCAGACCAGUUAUAAUCAAAGUUUUGUGAUUCCAGAUGGGGAUAAUAUGAAGUUAUCCACAGAGAGUCGAAAGUCAGCUCUUUCUCGUUUGGGGAGAGCUGGCGACGGUGAAGGGCCAGUCGGGAAACUGUACCCCAGUGAUUAUAAUAGCUCCAUGUCUUCAAAAGGUUAUGUAAGAGGAAGGAGAAGACAUGGCUUCUAUAAGGAUUCUGAGCAGGACCAAGAACUCGGUAGAAAUGUGGCAUUGCGCGAUAGGACUGGGAUUUCCAUGGACAUGGAAGACCAUUCCAAUGCUUUCACACGGAAACAAGAUCAAAAUCAUGCUGUUAUAAAUAGUGACAGUAAAUUCCAUAAUUCCACGGCCAGUGAAAGUGAAUUAAAUAUUGGAGCUGAUGGCAUUCAGUGCUUAGUUGAAGAACCAAAGUCCACCCUAAAUAAAACGAAGCCAGCAGAAGAUAUCAAAUCUCCAGGCAAAGCGGAGUCAACUGGGAAGUCUGAUAAGGAUCUAGCUGAGAACUCUGAUAAUUUGGAAACCUCAAAUCCCGAGGUUGGGGAGAUUCAGGAUGGUAGCGAUGAUAAUGAAACGGAACCAAAUGACAUCAAAGAUGAUAUGGAUAUUGAUUUGAGUGCUGGCAAAGAUAGUCAAACAUACAAGAAUGACAUUGAUCUGCUGAGCCUCUGCAGAUUUGAAAACGUUCCCACAAGAACGCGCUCUUCAUUGAAAGCUAGAGGUCCAAAGCUCUGCGCUGGUACCAUGGCUGAGGAAAAUGAAACUCUAGAGAGUGCGUUUCUGGAGGAGGUGGAUGCUCACAGGGGUGAUAUAUCUAUUCAUAUUUCCUCUGAUGACAUUUCUGCAAAUCCAAAAAUACCAGCUAGCGAAAACAUCCAAAGUGGUUCUGAAAAUUCAAAACUAUCUGCAUUCACUGUGAUGGAAGAAAACAGCGACGGGGUUUCAUCUUUGGCACACCAUUCUUUACUAAAAGAGGAAGGGGAAAAUGAGGGAGCACACAUGUUUGAUACAUGUAGCCCUGCAGAAAGAGGUGGAAAAAGACCAUUAGAGGAUGACAUUGACAACAUUAAUGAGGUGAAUAAGAGACCUAGAGAGAUGAUUUUGUAUGAUGAAACAGACACAGGUGUCUUUCAAUACUCUAAUUCAAUGACAAAGCAGCAGAGUUUACAUGAGCCAAAUGAGGUGGCGGCAUUGUUGUCACCUGAUCAUAAGAAGUUGGUAGAUGUGUCCUUGUUUUCAAGUGAUGUUCCUACCACUGAGUUUUCCGGAAAGCAACUUCUUCCUGGUUCAAUGAAGACCUUUGACCUGAAUCACAUGGAACCUUCUGAUAUAGAUCACAUUUCUGAUGCUCAUUCUUUUCUGAUGUUCCCGUGCACCAAAGAAUAUGGAGUACUGACUACAGCAGCUGACAUCGGAUUGUCUGUAAAUGAAAAUUACAAUUUGACUACCAAAUACAGUAAAUGCAGUUUUGGGGGCAGAGAUAUAGAGGUGAUUGAUUUGGAGAAAGAUUCUGAGCAGGACAAACCUUUCAAUGAUCCACAGAGUUCGGCAAUUGGAUAUAUUGCCCAGGAUGGAUUUUCUUCUAAAGAGGCAAAUAACAAAAAAGAGAUUGCUGAUGCUCAAGAUGAUUAUGGGCUAAUGUUAUCAGAAUUUUUUGGGGACAUACCAAGCUGCUCCCCUGUACCGGGAGAUAUGAAUCCUCUGCAUCCCGAUUUGGGCCUUCAUAAUGGAGAGGAAAUUUCAAGCGACGAUGAGUCAAUAUAUACUCUCUGGAUGAAGUACCGAUAAGUAUGUUUAGGAUUUCAGUUAUGCAUUUUAUGACACUUGACGUCAUUGGUUACUAAGAUGUAGCUCUGUUUGAAUGAAACAAGUGGAGAAUGAAAGGUGUCUAAUAGUUGCAUCUCAUUUUAGUUAUUAAAAUAUGACUCGUAUCAAAACCAGAAAGAUAUAAGAACCAAGCUUAAAGAGAACCCUCUUUCGACCACAGGGUUAAGCAAGGUGUCAGAUGGCAUUUUAGUUAUGGAGACUUGCUAUUCUGAGCACCCAACCUAACGCUUUUUAAAGGACUGGCAUCAACUGUCUCAGGAGUUCAGCCAUUUUGAGUUGCAUUCUCUCCAGCUCAAGCUCAUGGUAUAUUUGUAGCAAGAAAAAGCUGUUAGUGUAGGCACUUUUAAUUCUGCAUGAGUAGCGCCGAGCAGUACUACCCUGUGCAACUUUAGCAUAUCACAACUGGGCAUGUAACAGAAUGAGACAUGAUUUUAUUGUGUUUUUAUAAGACGUAGUUAUACAGCCACUCAUAGCCUCUAGGUGAUCUUGGUCAGUGAGCCUGCAAAUCUUGAUCCGUGAGAAGAUCUAGAUACUGAAUCUGGGCAAAUUUAAGUGCUUGGUUUUCGCAUGACUGAUGCUUGGUUAUACUCAAAAGUCAACAGGAUGUGCCUAUGAUUGAUAUUAGCUGCUGACUAGCUGCUGGGUGCUGGCAGUGACAAUAAAAUGGUUGGUUUGGUGACGAUUUCAGGAGGGUGGAGUUGAAAACAUGACGCCGCUGAUGGUAGUAGUAGUGGUGGUGUUUAAUGUCAUGAUGGCGGCGCAGCCGUGCAGUAAUGUCAUGGUAGUGAGUUGGACUGGUGGUAGCAGUGACUGUGUUACUCAGCUGGUAGUGAAAUUGUGGUAGUGAGUAGUGAUGGCAUCUGAGUGUCACCCUCAUUGCUAUCAUAGUCGGAAAAAACCCUUUUGUACACACUUCACGCUUCACAGAAGUGUUCACGCUUCACAGAAGUGUGUAAACAAUAAAGUGUGUACAUACACCAAGAAUGGUUGAUCAUUGAUAGCAAUGAGGGUGAUAGGUGUCUAUGAUGGCAACAUUAUCAGGGCUAACCGAUAUGUGGUGAUAUUUUGGAAAAUUGUCAAGCAGACCUUCCUUGUAUAUAAAAGGGGUUUUUUUUUAUCUAAAUAUUACUAAAAUAAAA